GUAUCGGGCAGGAAGGAAUUUAUCGAUCACAGCCCACCUGUGGAACUCAGAAUUCAAGGUUCCAACGAUCAACGAGGAGAUAUAUAAUCGAGACGUUCGUGACUUCGAAUCGCGUCGGCCUCUUCGCCCAGUGGAAGAGAUCCUAUUAGCGAUAGGAUCGAAAGCUUUGCCAACCCUUGCCGAGAAUGCAGCAAGUGGGAAGAUUGCGAUUGCCCGAAGGGGCGUGCAGCCUGAAUGGCGAGAAAACGUGGGAACGUCGGUGAGACUCGCCCAGAUUUCCCGGGACUGUUUCAUAGAAAUUGAGAUGUAAUCAGGUGGAUUCGCGAGCGGAAGAAGAAGAGACACCAUAGCUCCGGGGUAUAGGAUCCUGGCGUUGUGGAAGCUGUGAACAAGGGUCUAACACACUGGCAGUGACGUCGAUGCACAUCUGCGCGCGAAUAUUCGCGUGGGCAUGGGACUUUAUUGCCGGCAGCACCGCGUAUCCGAUGCAGCACACUGUGGGGAUAGAGGUGCGGGUAACCAACGAGGUGCCGACCAGCACUACAGAGGAGAACGCGAUAAAAGAUGCAGCACCACCUUGGACGACGAUGUCCGUACCCAACAGUCGAACCACACCGCCAACCCCUACGAAUCACCAUCCCCAGUACUUAUCCCCGCACGUGUUUCAAGGUCGAAAUUCCCUCUGCUGCACGAAUGAUUACACUCUACGCCGAAGACGUCCCAUGACGCUUCGAAUUGGUCCACGUUUGAGCCUACCAAAUAAGAGCACAUCGGCUCCAACUACCACCACCGAUGGGGAAUGGCCAGCAUUAGGGUAA